CGCGAGGCUUCCCCCAAGGCGGCCAUGGGGCGCGCGGGCGCCGAGCAGCGGGAGCCGCUGUAGCCCGAGCGCAGCGCGGUGAGGACCGAGGCGGCCCGGAGCGCCUGGCCUCGCGCGCCAUGGCCCCCAUGGGCAUCCGCCUGUCCCCGCUGGGGGUGGCCGUGUUCUUCCUGCUGGGGCUCGGGCUGCUCUACCACCUCUACUCCGGCUUCCUGGCCGGCCGCUUCAGCCUGUUCGGCCUGGGCGGCGAGCCCGCGGGCGGAGCGGCGGGGCCUGCGGCCGACGGCGGCAUGGUGGACCUGCGCGAGAUGCUGGCCGUGUCGGUGCUGGCGGCCGUGCGCGGCGGCGACGAGGUGAGGCGCGUCCGCGAGAGCAACAUCCUCCACGAGAAGUCCAAGGGGAAGACGCGCGAGGGCGCCGACGACAAGAUGACCAGCGGCGACGUGCUGUCCAACCGCAAGAUGUUCUACCUGCUCAAGACGGCCUUCCCCAGCGUGCAGAUUAAUACUGAGGAGCAUGUGGAUGCAUCUGAUAAGGAAGUUAUCGUAUGGAAUCACAAGAUUCCUGAGGAUAUCCUGAAGGAAGUUACUGCUACUAGAGAGGUCCCAGCAGAGAGUGUUACUGUCUGGAUUGACCCACUUGAUGCUACACAGGAAUAUACAGAGGAUCUUCGAAAGUAUGUUACUACCAUGGUGUGUGUAGCUGUAAAUGGUAAACCUGUGCUAGGAGUUAUUCAUAAGCCAUUUUCCGAAUAUACAGCUUGGGCCAUGGUAGAUGGUGGUUCGAAUGUGAAAGCCCGUUCUUCCUACAAUGAGAAGACCCCAAGGAUCAUUGUGUCACGUUCACAUUCGGGGAUGGUCAAGCAAGUUGCUCUUCAGACAUUUGGAAACCAGUCUACAAUUAUCCCGGCUGGUGGUGCUGGUUAUAAAGUUUUAGCACUCUUGGAUGUGCCUGAUAUGAAUCAAGAAAAAGCUGAUGUAUAUAUUCAUGUGACAUACAUCAAAAAGUGGGACAUAUGUGCUGGCAAUGCCAUCUUGAAAGCCCUGGGGGGGCAUAUGACCACCCUGAGUGGUGAAGAGAUCAGUUAUACUGGGACUGAUGGCAUUGAAGGAGGACUCCUUGCUAGCAUCAAAAUGAACCACCAGGCUCUGGUCAGAAAACUCCCAGAUUUAGAAAAGACAGGACAUAAAUAAGCAUAACUGAUCAUGGGUGCAACUCUUCCAGAGAUGAAUUGGUCAGCCUGAACUGCUGGAAGCUUCCAAGAACUGGUAGAGACUGCAUGGAUAAGGCCAUCCUGAACUUUCUAAAGUAUUUAUGAAGCAUUGGAGACUACUUUCCCUGUAAUAGGAUACAAAUUCAGGGAAAAUAGGUUGCUUCGUUUCUCAAGUAUUGUCUUUAUUUUUGAGACUAUUUUCGUACAGUUGUCAUACACAAGGCACACACACACAUACACAUAUACACAUAUAUAUUUGUGAAUUAAACUCUAGAGCUUGGUCCACAUUGUUAUGAGCCACCAUUUUCACUCAAAAUCAUGAAUCUUCAGUUUCUUAAAGAUACCUUCAUAUAGAAUUGGGUUGAAGGAGGAAGGCUUGCUUUUUGUGUAGUUAGUUAAUGUAACUUUGCAGUUGUAUCUUCUUGAAAUAAAUUGGUAAUUUUUACUCCUGUUCAGAUGGAAAGCACAAGAAGUCACAUCCAUUAAUAUGUAACAAGUGUUCUAGUCACCUGUUACUGCUUCUUUGGAUUAAAAUAGAAAAGGUUUAAUUAAAUUCAUUUUUUAUUUUGAAAUUUUAAUAACAGGUUCACCAGCUAGUAGAAAAUAUAGGCAUAUGAUGGACUACAUUAUAAUCGUAAUUUUCUGUGAAUGUGUGUGUUUUGUUUUGAUAAAGAAAGAGGUAGCCCUGGCUUUACUGUCUCUGCUGUCCUGCUGUUGAUUUUCUUUUCCCUGUGGACGAUGCCAUGCUUUCAUCUUUUCCCUCCUGACCAGCAUUUAGUCUUCACUUGUAAAGCUGGUUUUAGGUCUCAGUGUUAGCACUCUGAAUUUGCUGUAUUUUUUCAUUAAGGUUAAAAUAUGCUGUAAGACACUAUAAGAAUAUAAAUUAUUCUAUGAUAAUUGAAAGUUACUUGACAUUAAUAUGGAUUUACUUUUCAGGAAUUUUGUUUUAGUAAAUUUUUUUUAAUUUUCCAGGUUUGUGUAUAGAGAUUCAUUCUCUCAUUAUCAAGAAUGAGUUAUGGUUGCUUUUGCCAUGAUUGCUUUUAACUAUUAACAGAGUUACCUAGCAUAACCAGAUUCUCAGAGGAAUCACUUUUGACACAAUUCUAGUUUCCUUUCAGAUUAUGGUAAUAAAAGUUAAAGUUACUUUUUGGUGAAAAACCUUUUUUCUAGUCAGUUGGCAGAAACUGGUUAGAAAAAAAGCUUGUGACAUAUUUGUUGUGUUGCUAUAACUAAAUGCUUGCUUUUUGAGCUGUUUUUCGAUGGAAUGUGUGGUUUUUCUUGGUGUGAAAUAUAGGAAAUUCAUGUAAAUAAUCAAUCAUGUUAUUUCAUAUGGCCUCAAUGCCCUUAUAGACUUUAAUACACUAUUAAGGAGAGAAAUUUCUCAUAUUUUCUUUUAUUCUAAAAGUUUAACCCUAAAGCAAUGUCUUACUUUCCUAUCUUACAGGUAAAAUCGAGCAAAGAAUGGGCAUUCUAGCCUGGCAGAAUGUGCAUACUUUAGAUUGGCGUGUUAUGGUGUCCACAGCCCUACACUUUUUCAUUAAUGAACUAAGUCUAGAACAGUCCAAGUGCUUCCCCUUCAUAAUCUGGGAGCAAAUCCAUUAGAUUGGUUUUUACUCAGUGAAAAAUCAAAACUUGGUAGUUGAAAUACUUGGUAUUUAAACAGGACUUGUGAGUUUUUGAAGACAAUUUCAGAGAUGUGGUCUAUUUACUCAGCAGUAUGAGAAAAGUCUUUUCUUCCCAGGAGAGAUGGCAAAAGCAGAUGCUGUUAGAGUUCUGUGACAUGGGCAUUUGUGUCUAUUGUAAUAGGUCAAGUAGGAAAUGGAAUGUAAUUGGAGAUUUUUUAAUGUACAAAAACUUCAUCAUUUAAUGGAAACAAAACUGAGCUCAUACUAACAAGCAGAAUUGCUGUAGUUUUCAGUUUCAUUAAUUUGUAUGGUAUAACUAAGAGUGUAAAGAAUGUAUUGUGCUCAAAAGUUAAGAUAUCAGCUGAAAGAUAAAUACAUUAUUUUUGUAAUUUGUUGGGUAUAGUCUAGUUACUAAUGAUUUUAAGUACUUUUAUAGAUAGUUCACUUUUUAAAUUUUUGUUUAAGAGCCAAUAUACAUUACAGGGAACAGUAUUUAUAUUUAUUUAUAUGAGAUAUUAUUGUGCCCAGAACAUAUUAGCCAUGAGGUAUGUAAUAUCUCUCAGAAUUAACAUAAAAUUAUUUCUAAAACGUAGUGAAAUAGUGUGUUUACUUUUAGAGACUCAGCUUUCCAUUCUUGGUCUUCACCUUCCUUCCUCUUUCAUGAAGCAGUGGCAACAGCCUCAGUGGCAUCAGUAAUGCCCCCCCACCUCCGACCACUCUUCAUCUCUACCCUGUUACUUAGAUCCUUUGCCUUUUUCCUGCUCUCUUUCCUAGCUAGUAUGCCACCUUAACCCAUACUCACCUCAAAAUUGUUUUGUAAACUCAUUUGUUUUUCUAAUUUGUCCACUGAACUCUUAUGGUAGAAUUGAGACUGAUAGAGACCAUGGUGAAGGAGAUCAAUCCAGGAGGAGGACCUAGUUAACAGUUAUUUUUAGAUCUGGUGAACCAUUGUUUUUAGACCUAGUUAACCACUAUUUUUGAGGCUCCAUAAGAAGUAAAAGAAAAUCACCUUGAAAGUCAUAAACUUUACGUUGUCAUCUACAGUCUCUACAAAGGUUCUUCCCACCUAUCUCUCAAGAACAGAAGCAUGAAAAAUACUAAAGGAAUUUGAUAGAUACAUCUACUUGAAAAGACCUGCUGUUUUCUGUUUGGUUUUGUGCAGUUGUGCUUACACAGGGACCUAUGAGGUGGUCAUAUUUGUCUUUGUAAGUGAUUUUCUCCUUUCUCCAGUUUUGUUUCUUUAUUUUAAACUUGAAAUAUUCAAAUGAAUUAUUGCCAGUGUAUAAUGAACUAAUGAGAACAUUUUAAAAGACUUAUAUUUUAUGUAACAAUUAUGGAAUUCUUUUUGCUGGAUGCUCUGACUUUUGCAAAUUUUGUCAGAGGAAGGAUAGUUGGGUGAAGGCCGAAAAGAGGGAAGGAGACAAGGAGCCUCAGGCAGGGGGUAAAAGGGAGAAUGCAGAGGCUUUUGAUCUGUCCUCCCAGAUGUCAAGUUCAAAAGUGCCCUGCUGAGGCUAUGAAGGUGGCAGUUUACCACCCAGAAGUAAAGUGGAGGAGCACUGCAGAACAGAAAGACCAGCUUCCUUUCUUGGGUACAGAACAGUUGGAGAUGGCCAUCUGGGAAGAGCCUGACAGGUUCAAGCAGGAAAUGUUUGGUUUGUUUGAGGUACAACUACUUAUCUGGGCUAUGUGUCAAUUAUUGCUGUAUAGAAACAGUAAUUUUUUGUUUUAGAUCUUGAUUAAGAUGUAUUUAAUGAUAAUACCUACAAAGUGUCUCUGUCUUAAAACUGUUGUGUAGCAUAAACCUAAUCUAUGGUUUGAUCUUUUUUCUUUCCUUAAAAAAAAUUGUGCCUUAAUAAUAGGGCAUUGUAUGUUAAUAAAAGAAAACAAAACCUUUUUUUAAUAGAUAGAGAAAAUAGGAGCUUUUGCCACGAGAUUUUAAGUUCUUUUGAUGUUUUUAAUACCAGCGUUGGGGGAAGUCAUUACAAUUAAAUAAAACUGAUAUGAAAUUAUUUUUGCAUAACCUAGCAUUUACAACUAAAGUACAUUUUUAUAAGAACUGGAAUCUUGUUGUAUAUGUCUGAAAUGGUAUUAGAUCAUUUGCUGUUUGAUUUAAUGUAAGACUGGGAUAGAUCAGUUUUACAAAUUUUACUUUGAAAUAAAUCAUUUCAGUGAGCUAAUUUAUCUCUUUUUUCUACUCUGGUUUAAAAAAAAAAGCUGUUGCUGGUACCAUUUCAGCGGUUUAUUAAUGUGAGUAAUACUGUGUGUUGUGAUACAGCAAACAGUUCUUAAUGAGGAAGGAUUCUAACCCUGAUCAACUGCUGUUGUGAAGGCUGCUUCACAAUAGUGACAUGAUUCAAAGAGUUAUUUAAUGAGGUGCUGUUGUAUGCAGAUUGUUUCCUUUUGAAUCUCAUCAAAGCCUGGCAGGUAUAUGCAUUCCAAUUUACCAUUGGCAAAGGAAUUUUUGGUUUAUUUUUUUAAGUUGAAUGGUGAAUUGACUUUGUGGAAAAAGUAGAUUUAUCAGUUUUCCUUUAAGAUAAUACAAGUAUAAAACUCUGAAGUUAAGGAUGGUGGCUAAUACUGGAACACUAAUUAUAUAUUAUGUUUGUAAGAAUUCCCUAAUUAACGUAAUUUGGAAAAGCUGAAAUUGUGAUGUUUUGUCAGUAGUAUAUUCAAUUUAAAUUAUUUUUAAGGUAUAAUAUAAAUACAUUUUUUUUUAAUUCUACAGAGACUGGUCCUCCAUAAUUUGUGUUUUUAAAUAGAAAAGAAAACAUAAUAAGUCAUGAGAUACUUAACCUAUAAACAGUCUCCUGUCCCCACAUGAUGGCCUUUAACGUUCAGUGAAGUAUUUCUGAGGGAAACCUUGCUAUCCUAUACUGGCAGUAGCCAAAACUAGCUUUUGUAGUCUUAACAGCAAACAGAAGAGACUGCUCAGCUCAGGCUCUUUCUUCCCUUUGACCGUGUUGUUUGAGCAACUACAAUAUUUUGAAGCUAUAUGCAAACUGAAAUUGUUUCCUGUGGGUUUCCCUGCCCCUUCAAGCUGUCAUCCUCACUUCCUGUUAAUCCAUUUGUUAAAAUGAGUCAACAGUGAGAGAAAAUAUUUUACUCCUUUCCUCUUUUCACACAUGUAGAGCUAUAGAGUAAAUAGACCCUUUCCUGUCACAGAGAUGUCAUAUUUUCUUAGCAUGCUAUCACCUGCCUUCCCACCCCACCAUUUCAGGUGUAUUGAAGUGAAUCCUAAUGUCAGCUGAACUUCACUAGAAGAGAAUCUCCAUCCAUUGCCUCAGAGCAGUGUGUUUGUACUUCACCACACCACUUUUUAUACACUAUUAGUGAACUCCUUGAGAUGGAGUGUGUCUGGGUGAUUUCUGUGUUUUCACCACAACCCUAACACCUAGCCCAGUGUCUUGCACAAAUUAGGUCCUUAGUGUGUAUUGAAUUAAACUAAAGGGUCUUUACUACUGUUAGCUUGCUUCAUGCCUCAGUUGUAUAAGCUAGUUGUUUCCUUUGCAGGUACUUGUGGUUAUCACCCCCAACACUAAAUUACCUUUAAAAGUUUUGCCUUUCCUUUAGAUAACCAGUGUCCAAUUAACUGUACAAAAUGUGAUUGCUUCCAAUGACUUAAUAAUGACAAACUUUGCCCCCGGAUAUAUUUUGCCAAGUGAAAUUUGAAUCAUCUGAAUAAAUUGGUCAUGUCUGAAAAAGA